AUGCAGAGUGUUACACAUGCCCAUGCAACAGUUACAACUGUCUCCACUGGAAUCACACCCUCAAAAUCGACGCUGUCGAGACCACCUCCACCCCCAAGAACCUUAGCCAAUAUCGGAUCCCACCCAAGUAAUCAUAGCAGCCACCACAUCACCAAGUCGAGAGAGACAGAGGAGAGAAAAAGAGUACUUGUUCAUUCUUCUGGGAGAGGGGAUUGUAGUAGGGUAGAGUACGAUGGAGGAGCAAUUGGUGUCUUCAAUGGUGAUGAUUGCGUAGAAGCAGGGAUGAAGAUGGGACAGAGGGAAAAAAAUGAGAUAUUUUAUGGCUUUUGUUUUUGGGUCGGGCUGAGGAGAAAGAUGAAGCCGAUGGUGGGGAUGGUAGUGUCGAACAAGAUGCAGAAGUCAGUGGUGGUGGUGGUGGAUAGGCUCUUCCACCACAAGAUCUACAAUCGCUAUGUCAAGCGUACCUCCAAGUUCAUGGCCCACGAUGAACACGACCAAUGCAACAUCGGUGACCGUGUUAGAUUGGAUCCUUCGAGGCCAUUGAGCAAGCACAAGCACUGGGUGGUAGCUGAGAUUCUGAAGAAAGCACGAAUCUACACACCGCCAUCGGUGGUAGCUAAAACUGAUUCAAGCAGCAAGACAGAAGUACCGGCUUUUUCUCCUGCCUGA